GCCGCCCCGGCGCCCAUUGGCUCGGCGGCGGCCCGGGCUCGGCGCGGCCCCAUAAAGGCGGCCCGUCCGCCCAGCCGCCCGCUGCCGCCGCCCCGCCAUGCCCCCGCCCGCCUUACCCUGGCUGCUCGCCGCCUGCUGCCUCUGUGCCCUCCCGCGGGGCUCAGGGUUCCCGUCGCCUUUCCCGCGCUACAGGGACGGCGUGGACCUGCCCAAAAGCCAGCAACUGGCGAUGUGUUUCAGUCAGUGGAUGGAACUGUCUAAGCAACCCCAGAUCUCCAGCAUGGUUUUGGAUCUUUGUUAUUCCAUAUUCAACAACAUGCAUACAAAUGAGGAGUCACAGACUGCUGCUGCAAAGUUUACAAAGAAGGAUAGUCAUGGGACUCUGGGACGGCCUUUUUUCCUUUUCAGGCCUCGAAAUGGAAGAACUAUCAAAGGCAGUGAGUACAAUGGAACACGAAGUUAAUGGGUCAAUUUACCAGCUUGAUGACUUUCUUUAUACAAAGAAAAGAGACUGUUUGUCUAUUAUGUGACUCAGUUGUCUUGAAUUUGCU